AUGACCGCACACAAAGGCCCAACACCUCUCACUGCCGUUCUGAACCGCGCUGCAGAACUCCGCACCGCUCGGAGCCGCUCAUCACCACUCGGCACCUCUCUGAGAAGCUCGUCACUUCUCGUCACCACUCACGGGCGCUCAGCACCACCAAUGACCGCACACAAUGGCCCAGCACCGCUCACUGCCGCUCUGUACCACUCUACAGCACUCGGCACGCCUCAGAGCCGCUCAUCACCACUGGAAACCUCUCUUAGUCGCUCAUCACCCCUCGUCACCGCUCGUCACCACUCACGGGCGCUCAGCACCACCAUGACCGCACACAAAGGCCCAAUACUUCUCAUUGCCGCUCUGAACCUUGUUGCACAUUGCACUCAACCUCCUCCUCCUCCUCCUCCUCCUCAUCCUCCUCCUCCUCCUCCUCCUCCUCCUCCUCCUCCUCCUCCUCCUCCUCCUCCUCCUCCUCCUCCUCCUCCUCCUCCUCCUCCUCCUCCCCCGCCUAUACUCAUGUUGGUGUUUCCUACCACUGCUGAGCAUUUUCUGUUGCUGCUCGAUGGUGACGCGGAUGCUCACAACUGUCGCUUGCUGCUUGUGCUUGUGCUGGUGUUUCCUACUGCUGCUCAUCAUUUUCUGUUGCUGCUCGAUGGUGCUGCGGAUGCUCACAACUACCGUUUGCUGCUAGUGCUCGUGAUGGUGUUUCCUACUGCUGCUGAGCAUUUCCUGUUGCUGCUCGAUGGUGAUGCGGAUGCUCACAACUACCGUUUGCUGCUUGUGCUCGUGAUGGUGUUUCCUACUGCUGCUGAGCAUUUCCUGUUGCUGCUCGAUGGUGAUGUGGAUGCUCACAACUACCGUUUGCUGCUUGUGCUUGUGCGGGUGUGUCCUACUGCUGCUGAGCAUUUUCUGUUGCUGCUCGAUGGUGAGGCGAAUGCUCACAACUACCGUUUGCUGCUUGUGCUCGUGAUGGUGUUUCCUACUGCAGCUGAGCAUUUCCUGUUGCUGCUCGAUGGUGAUGCGGAUGCUCACAACUACCGUUUGCUGCUUGUGCUCAUGAUGAUGUUUCCUACUGCUGCUGAGCGUUUCCUGUUGCUGCCCGAUGGUGGUGUUGAUGCUCACUACUACAGUUUGCUGCUUGUGCUUGUGCUGGUGUUUUCUACUGCUGCUGCGCAUUUCCUGUUGCUGCUCGAUGGUGAGGCGGAUGCUCACAACUACCGUUUGCUGCUUGUGCUCGUGCUGGUGUGUCCUACUGCUGCCGAUCAUUUCUUGUUGCUGCUCAAUGAUGAGGCGGAUGCUCGCUAG